ACAAUAUGGACAUCUCGCCGAUCCUGUCCGGAUCUUCUCCGCUUUUGGCGAGUUCUCUGGUGGCACCAUUCCAUUAAGCGAGGAUUUGCUCAGCGCCCAAGAGAUCAUGCAGGCAACGUUGAAGGAACUACCAGAGGUGGUCAACGAGGCAAUCAAUUACGAAGCUGAAUUUCACGAACCUAAUGUUCGCAAUGGCAUCGUGACAUGCGCUGCACUCUCCCUCAAUGGUCACUAUAUUGCACUCGGAUUUGGCAGCGGGAUCAUCGAAGUGGCCGAUAUCGAGCACCAGCACACCAUCUGCCGAUUACAGCGCCAUUCAGCCAAUUUACCAGCCUGGAUCGAAUUUGUCCACGGCAGUUGCCAAGUCGCCACUGAGGAUAAUGAUGGGAAUGUAACGAUCCUCGGUGAUGGCAUGGCCCCUGUGAAUCUUGGCACUCUUCCCACUGGUUCCUAUCCUGCUGGAACCGCAGUCUCGGAUGAUGGAUUAUUUGUUGUACGAGUCCCACGAAGUCCCGACAACCCUUGGUACGACAGCAUGAUGCUCAUAUCUGUUUUUGGGCGUCCAUCCAUUCAGCGUCUCGCCUCUCCUCCUAUCUCUCCAUCUUCUCAAUCUGAUAAUAAGGUGUCAGAUGGCAUUCCGAACCGUCGGACGCUUGGUUUCUCUCCGGGGGCACGAUAUGUUGGUGCUUUUGAUGAGACCCAGGCUGUUACUUGGUCGACGGAAUCAUGCGAGUGCAUCGCGGUUUAUCGGGUGACGGACUUCUAUCGUUGGAUCAUCAAUCCCACCGUCCCUCCAACUCACUCAUAUGUCAUCCCUGACCCUAUAUUCGCUCGAGCCACUCUUCCCUCAUCAGAAAGUGGCACGGCCUACGCACACCAUUCUGAGGUGGAUGCAGGGCAUGACUCCGAUGAGUCCUGGAUCAAGCGCCCAUUUUACGACCUCUCGCCAAGCAACUCGGAACAAAGGAUUGAGCUUCUCCGUUUGCCUGCCGCAACAAGGACCCCAUUAAUCGAACCCUACGGAUCAAUGUGGCUCAAUGGCAGAGCAGAACUCGAGCUUCCAAGGGAUUAUGGACCGAUUGAUUCCCGGCAAGCCUGGUAUGGCGAUCAAGUGCCAUACGAUUCUCUGUGCCUCUUCCGCCCUCAGUCAAGCAGGGAUGGGACACGAUUUCUGCUCCAGGGUCAGGCAAGGGCCCCAAUUGUGGUCGAUAUUAGCCAAGUCAUUUAGCAUUUCCCGUCAUUGCUUACUCAUCACUCCUUGGAAGUACAUACACUUGACGACUUUUGCGCCGCAACGCUGUUUAGGAUUGUAAGCGGUCCAUGAAGUGUAUUUCAUGUACUAUGCCCGAUAUUACCCGUAGUAUUAAUACUACGAUAUUGGCGACAACGACCUCUGGUAUCCUGUGGAGUGCAGGAAGCGAAGCGCUCAAACCACUCCUAGUGGAUAGCCUUUCAAAUAAAGAUUCAGUGGACUUGCUCCGGAUGCACACGUGUUCAAGCGGCUGACCGAGAUAACA